GCCAGUGCCAGUGCCAGUGUUAGUGUUAGUGUCAGUGAUGGAGGGAGAUUCAGUCUCUCUAAACUCAAAUCUUACUGAAAUGAAGGAUGAUGAUGUGAUUCAGUGGAGGUUUGGAAACACUGUAAUAGCUGACAGUGUAAAGGCCGACAGAAACACUGUAUGUGAUGAUGUUCUUGAUGGGAGAUUCAGAGACAGACUGAAGCUGGACAAUCAAACUGGAUCUCUGACCGUCACAAACACCACAACUGAACAUGAUGGAGAUUAUCAACUACUGAUCAACAGUGAGAUCAAGAGAUUCAGUCUCUUUGUCAUUGUUGACGUGGAGUCAGUGUCAGUGACGGAGGGAGAUUCAGUCUCUCUAAACUCUAAUCUCACUGAAAUGAAGGGUUAUGAUGUGAUUCAGUGGAGGUUUGGAGAUGAAAACACUGUAAUAGCUGACAUCAAUAACUGGUUUGACAGAAUCACUGUAUGUGAUGAUGUUCUUGAUGGGAGAUUCAGAGACAGACUGAAGCUGGACAAUCAAACUGGAUCUCUGACCAUCACACACACCACAACUGAACAUGAUGGAGAUUAUCAACUACUGAUGUAUUCAGAAGGAAGAUGUUUCACAUCAAAAAUAUUUAGAGUUUCUGUCUAUGACCACUGGUGUGGUCCUACUGAAGCUGUGAUCCGAUUGGUCCUCUCUGCUCUGGUGGGCGUGGCUACUGUCAUCAUUCUGGUUUAUGACAUCAGAUCCAGAAGAGCUGAACAAAAUCAAGCACAUAUUCAAACAUCAGGUAUUGAAACCUAAAGCAGAAAACUGAACUUUGAAGGUUUUUCAAGUGUGUUUUUUGUUUCUCUAGUGUUUUUGUCAUAAAUAAUAUUGAUGAUUAUUUCAGCUUCUGCUUUCUUUCAGUGUCAGAUUUUUAAAAUAUAUUUUGUGUAACGCUUUAUUGUUUAUAUUUCUCUGUGAUACAAAAAAAAAUGAAUAAAGAGACACACAGAUCUCACUUUACUAUAACUGCUGUAUGUUUCUUAUAUGUAUUUGCUUGCCUUUAUCAAUAAAGUUAUAUAU